GUUAUAAAAGGGGAUAUCCUCCGUGAUGAGUCAAAGCUCAGAAGAAAAACAUCAUUCUCACUUCCCUCCCCAUGAGAAAUAAAAGAAUCUCCUUCAGUCUGUUUCUUCCACGCUUUGAAAAUGGACACUGUAAUUUAUCUGCUCGUUCUUUCAACACUACCACGGCUCGUAGUAUCUGAAUUUUCCCGCGAGACCUCGUUCAGAGCUGUAGUGGAGGUGGCGUCAGGGGAUUCAAGGAUCUUCUCUGGAGAGAGUGUGCAGCUGAAAUGCAGCAUUCCUGAUGUCCACAAGUUCUCCUGGCAUUGCCUGUGGUUCAAAGGAUCCGAACAGCUCCCACAGUCCGGAGAGCACCUCUUUCUGUGGAAAACCAAGGUUCAAGAGAGUGGGAAAUUUUACUGCCAGGGUGUGAGAGAUACAAUAAUUGGACAAAUACGCACCCUCCAAAGUAUACCUUUGGAGAUCAAUGUGGAUGGAGGAUGGGCUAUCCUGCAAGUCCCACCUUAUCCCAGCCUCGUUGGAGAGACCUUGAAGGUCACGUGUCGCAUCCGAUUCACACCUCAACGUCACGAGCUGAGUCUGUACAAAGAUGGCUUUGAAGUUAUCAGACAAAAUGGCCUCAACCCACAUUUCUACCUGACCAACGUGACCCUCGAGGACCAAGGAAUGUAUUCUUGUCGGGCGUCCUGGGACGCAAACAGGCGUACGCACUCUGUCAUUUCAGUUGCCGCUUCAGUUCAAGUCUCAGAGCUUCUGUCGCAGCCAUUUUUGGAGAUUGUUGCAGACAAUGGCCUGAUUUCAGUCAAUAAGAUGAAGCUCGUCUGCCACCUCCAAUACAACGUCCGUGCUCCUGCCCCUCCAAUACAUUUCUUUUUCUACAAGAAUGGCCACCGACUGGGAACAGCAAAGUCUGUGAACCAUGAUCUGGUCAGUUGGACUCCAGGCCAGUACAGCUGCAAGGCCACUGUGCCUAAGUUGGGUCUCUCCAGGGGGAGUGAACCCAAAUCCUUUGGACAAGUGACAGGAUCACAAACAAUAAUUCCUGUUCAUCCCAGCUCUCCAUGGCAUUUAAGUCCCAGAAUCUCAUCCCCGGACCUCUUCCUGUCUACUACUGCUGAGCUAACUGCAGCCCGGCCCUCACCUCAUCAGGCUCCUAAGCAAACCGUGGCUCCUUUAGGUAUUUCUAUGGCAUCAGGUGGCAUGUCUGGAGAAUUAGGUGACAUGUCUGAAGAAUCAGGUGACAUGUCUGGAGAAUCAGGUGACAUGUCUGGAGAAUCAGGUGACAUGUCUGGAGAAUCAGGUGACAUGUCUGGAGAAUCAGGUGACUCUCCAUAGGACACCUUCCUAUAGUAAAACAUUAUCAUUCUAGACUCGCAGAAAUUAAUCUUACUUAAUCAGAAUAAUAAUGUGCAUCUGAAAUCAAUUAUACACAUUGGGCUCUCAGUGCAGGCUUUUUAUAUUAUUCAUUUUGUAUUAACUUAGCAUAUUACCAAGUGUCAGCUUCAUGAUAUCAUCUGUACAAAACAAAUUGGAUCAGUACUGUUGGGGAUUAAUAACUAAUGCCACACUGGUUCAAUUAAAGAAAGCAUUCCACUCUA